CUGUAAGUGUAGAGCACAAGACAUUUGAGGGUCUGUAAGCUGGAGAGAAGGAGUUAUUAGCAAGUGGAAACGGUGGAGGGGGGCGGGAGGGAAGAGAGAGGCGGUGAGUGUAUGCUUGUAUGUUUUCAGAGUGAAGAUAGUCAGAGAGCAAGGGGCGCAGGGGGAGUGUAAGGGGAUGCGGGUUGAAGGGUAGGUUCUUGGUGACAGAGGGAGAAAGAGCGGUUGUAAGAAGAGAAGUCAGGGGGUGGAAAGUUAUCUGGGGUGGGUUUCGAGGCAGGGUAAGCCGUCAGAGGCGAAGAACAGAGGUGUGAGGAGUCGCUGAGAAGGACGGAGGAACAUGCUGGAGAACAAGAAGAGAGAAAACAUGAAGUGCUGAAAGGGGUGGAAGAGAAGAGGAAAUCACUCGCGAGGAGCUGAGGAAAUUUAAAGAUUAGAGGUGCAAGAGGCGUGUUUGCUGCAAGAAUGGGGUGCAUUCACAGUACGAGCACUGUGGGGAUACAAAAGCACGCACAUGACACAGAAACUGGAGGAAUCCCUGUGAAGGCAGACCCUGAGGUACCUCCUGAAAUCCUUCAGCUUGCUGAGCUCUCCAAGUCAGGGAACCAUGCCUUCACACUGAAAACACUAAAGAGGAGACGAAUGUGUGAUGUGUGCAAGCACAACAUUGACACCCCUGCGGCUUUCUGCAAGGAGUGCAAGGUUACAGUUCACAAGACAUGUGAAGCCAAGGUGACUCCCAGCUGCACCUCAACACCAGAAGUGCACACUUCCACUAAAUCAACUUCGCAGAAAAAGAGAGGCUCCAUACCAAGAAGUAAAAGCGUGGAACAGGUGAUGGAGCACGUGAUGGAGCGCCACUACGACUUUGACCUCACCUACAUCACAGAGAGGAUCAUCUCAGUCUUCUUCCUGCCAGACCUGGAGGAGCAGCAGUACCGCAGAAACCUACAGGAAGUGGCCUCCAUGCUGAAAUCCAAGCACCAAGAUAAGUUUCUGCUUCUAAAUUUAUCAGAGAAGAGACAUGACAUCACCAGACUCUAUCCAAAGGUGCAGGACUACGCCUGGCCCGAUCUUCAUGCUCCACCCCUGGACAGGAUCUGUGCUGUUUGUAAGGCCAUGGAGACGUGGCUAACUUCUGAUCCAAACAAUGUAGUGGUCCUCCACUGCAAAGGGAACAAAGGAAAAACAGGGGUCAUUGUGGCAGCCUAUAUGCACUACAGCAAGAUAACAGCGGGAGCCGACCAGGCCCUCACCACAUUGGCCAUGAGGAAGUUCUGUGAAGAUAAAGUCUCCUCUUCCCUGCAGUCCUCUCAGAAGAGAUACAUCUACUACUUUGGUGGUUUGUUGUCAGGUACCAUCAAAAUGAACAGCAAUCCCUUGUUCCUGCACCAAAUCCUCAUUCCUUCACUACCAAACUUCCAGGCAGGAGGAGGUUUUUAUCCUUUCCUGAAAAUCUACCAGUCUCUUCAACUGGUGUAUACCUCAGGAGUCUAUGAUCCACAAAGCUCCAGGGCAAGAAAGCUGUGCGUGACUAUGGAGCCAGCACUACUAUUGAAGGGGGACAUUAUGGUAAAGUGCUACCACUGGCGGAGACGAGCAACAGAAAGAGAGGUGGUCUUUAGAGUCCAGUUCCACACCUGUACUGUUCAUGGAGCCCAGCUGUGGUUUGGCAAGAGUGAACUCGACCAAGCCUGCAUAGAUGACAGGUUCCCCCCUGAUGCUACAGUGGAGUUUAUCUUCGCUAAUGGACCAGAAAAAAUAAAAGGUCAAGAAUACCACCAGAAUGACACCUCCAUCAAAGUGGAAUAUAACACCUCGGAUCCUGUUGUCAGAUGGGACUCCUAUGAGAAUUUCAAUCUGCAUCAUGAAGACAGCAUGGAAAAUAUCUUUCAUACAAGGGGACCGCUGGAUGGAAGCUUAUACGCCCAAGUGAGGAAGCGACGUGGACCAGGAGCAACUGCCUCACCAGCAUCAACCAAUGGCUGCCUCACUACCAGCCCAACAGUGAAGACUCAAACUUCCACCCAAUCCAAGACUCUCACCUACACCUCAAAUUCCAGCUACUCCUCAGUCCCCUCUGAUCACCUGGCUGACACCGCUCUAUCCAUUAAUGAAAGAGAUAAUAUUGACUAUCCAUUGAGGAGAAGCAAUAGGGAAGACGAAACAAAAGAGAAGACAAGAGGAAAAGAAAGGGACAGAGAAACAGCUAUAUUAGAUGAUACAGACCCAUUGGGUCCUGGAGGGCUGAGACGAGAGCACUUGUGUUGCGGACAAGCAAGUAUAAAGUGUGGUGACAUGGGGUUGGAGAGGGACAGAGAGCCCUGUCUUCCCAACAGUCACUGUCUUGGACGUUGCAAAAGCAUUAAAAAUCAUCCAAAAAGUCAAACUCUGCCAGUUUUACCAUCCAAAUCAGUGUCCCCUCAUCCUCAUUCAGCUCAUAUGGAGCUAUGUCAUCGCCACAGUGUCCAUCCUCUACCAGAGUUGCCAUGGGAACGUUCAACUCCACCUCUACCUCUACCUUUUGUCCAUAGGCCAUGUUACCCUUAUUCCACUCGCGAUCAUGCACACCCACACAGCCAUACCCUGCCAGCCUCAAAUAGACUCUGCACUGGGGAAGAGUGUCACCUUCUUCAUUAUUCCAGCCACAUCCCAGCGUCUCAUCUAUCCAACCAGCCGCAGCCAUCAAGCCCUUACAGAGAGAUGUUCUUUGGCUCUCCUGCACAGUCCUCUGGUUGUCCCUGGCAAGACUGCUCCUGCAGACGUGAACAUCACUCAGCCUCACUUAAAACAAUACACUCAGCUUACCCAGACCAAUCAGAAACAAUACACUGGUCUCAAGGAACAGGUGUACCUCCACAAUGGGAAACUGAAAAUCCAUGGGACAUAGCAAGAGAGGCAGAAUUUUGGCAGUGCAAAUCCAAUACACCUGUAUUUCAUCUCUACCAACCCUCUCUGGACCGAGGUCCAAAUCUAGAGCACCCUAGAUUUGUUGUUGCACCUCACCAGAACUACCCAAUCCCCCAGUCACUAAUAGAUAUACGGGAUGGAGCCAACAGUGGAUACCACACGCCCUUACAGCCACGCCACUCCUGUCCCUGCUCACCUUAUGAGUCAUCUCCAGCUGAAAGCCAUGAGAGUCGAGGUUAUGCCUCAGGAUAUCACUCUGGAUCAGCCUCCCCUCUACCUGCUAAUAGCCCAUCACCUGCAAAAGGAAAGCUGCCCGAAACCCCACUGGGAUCCAGAGACCAAAUGCACAAUGAGCAUCGCAAAGUCGAAAAGGCCAAGACAGACACAGAAGAUGAGAUAUCCCAACAUUCAGAAACUAAGUCUGAUUCUAAUGGACAAUCAAGCACCCCUGGACCAGACUCUGACCAUGACUACACACUGAUUGGUAGCAGCAGCCCCACACACACAGAAGACAGUGUAAAUGUCGACAGUCCUUCUCAAAGCCAAGACACAUCAACACCUCAAGAGUCCAGCGCAAGUAACAAAAAUGUGAAACCAACAGAAACACAAACUCAAGGUUCAAUCAUACCUGUCAACCCCGUGCAAACAUCAGGUGAGUCUUCUGAAAGUAGCAGUCCUGAUGGUAAGCUUGGAGCAGUCAAGGUAACGGGACAUGCACAUGGAUCUAACACAUCACAUGCUUCAAGCUAUGCAACUGUCAUUAUCACCCCAGUUCAAGUGCAACUCAAUGGUUCCGCCCUCCCUAAUGAUAGCCCAUCAGACAGCAGCAGAGGUGUAUCCAUAAAUCCAGCAACUAGUUUAAGUUCUAGCCCUUCCACCACUUUCCCAAAUUCUCCUAUUGGUUCCCCGGAGCUACAGUCUUCUCCUCUGCACUCCUCAUCUGCUACAGACACAGCAGGACAAAGCUUGACUCCAGACAGAAACAGCUCAGCUGACACCAAACCGCCUUCACCUGUUCCCGAUGGAUACCAUACACCAAACUUUCCCUCAGCAUCCUAUUACUACUCAUUACUAAAUGUCCCCCAUGUUCCAUACACUGGGUACACUGCAGUCACUAUCCCCACCAUCCAGCCACCGCUCCCAGAGAAGAAACGCUUUUCCACAACAGCAGGAUCCCUAAAUGGACACAACUCUCUAAUUCGGGCUUCCUCAGCUCCUUCCCCCACACAUCAUGUUACUUUCUCCCCUGCUGUUGGAGAGCAGAGGAGGGGGUCUGCACAGCACAGCUGCCGGGAGGAGCCAGACAUCAGGGUCAAUGCUAAGUUUGUCCAGGACAGCUCCAAGUACUGGUACAAACCAGGCAUCACCAGAGACCAAGCCAUAGCUGUGUUGAAGGACAAGGAGCCAGGAAGUUUCCUCAUCAGAGAUAGCAAUUCCUUCCAGGGUGCCUAUGGCCUGGCCCUCAAGGUGGCUACCCCUCCUCCUAAUGCCAACUUCUCUUGGAGCAAAGGGGAUCCUCUGGAACAGCUGGUGAGACACUUCCUGAUCGAGUCUGGGCCGCGAGGAGUGAAGAUCAAGGGCUGUCAGAAUGAGUCCUACUUUGGAAGUUUAUCCGCCUUGGUGUACCAGCAUUCAAUUACUCCCAUCUCUUUGCCAUGUCCUCUUCACAUCCCAGAAAAAGAUCUGGUUGGGGAGCUUCAGGAAAUGCAGAGUGCAACAAAUACCAGCACUGCAGCUGAGCUCCUCAAACAAGGAGCAGCGUGCAACGUCCUCUACCUGAACUCUGUGGAAACAGAGUCGUUAACUGGGCCCGAAGCAGUUUCUAAGGCAACGAAGUUCACUUUGUCUCUGAAUCCACGCCCAGUGGCAACCAUGGUCCACUUCAAAGUGUCCUCUCAGGGUAUCACACUAACCGACAGCAAGAGAAGGCUAUUUUUUAGGAGACACUACCCAAUCAACAGUAUCACCUUUAGCAGUCUUGAUCCUCAUGAUCAGAGGUGGACUAAUUCUGAUAGCACGUCAAGCAAGAUGUUUGGCUUUGUGGCGAGACGGACAGGCACUGCUACAGAGAAUGUGUGUCACCUGUUUGCAGAGAUGGACCCCGAGCAACCAGCUGUAGCAAUCGUCAACUUUAUCAACAAAGUCAUGCUGGGACCACAGCUACGGAGAUGAGAAAAACUGAGAAUUUUUUGGGGGAAAAAAACCUCUCUGAACUGUUAGGGAUCUGGGGAAGACAUUAAAAUGGUUUUUGACAUAUUUUCUCAUGAAGUGUGUGUAUAUACCAUUUUUGUUUGUGUUUAUACAAUUUGCAUCACUGUGCUUGGCUGUAUGACUGUUUUUAUAAGAGAAUCUAAUUCUGACAAAUCACUGCUCUGUAGGUCAAAGUAUUAUUUAGAGGAAUAGCCAGUGAUUGACCGAAACUUGGUGAUAUUUGCUGAAUAAGACUGAAAAAGAGAUUUAAUUGGUUUUGUGUUUGUAUCUUUUAUUUUUAUUAUUGUUGUUAAAAUCAUUUAUGUUAUCAUUUUUCAAACUGUUCACAUGAUGAACAAACUUUUGAAACUGCAUGAGCAAGCAUCCAUGUUAUUUUCCUAACAUUUUCCAUACAUCAGUAUCAAAAGCUGAAGAAAAAGGGCUCAGAAUGUGGCAGGAAGUAAGAGUCAUGUGUUCAAGGGUAAACUGGUAUAGUUGCACUUAUGAAACACUGGAAAGAGUAAAGCAAGUAGAUUCAUGAAAGUGUGUAUUCUGAUGAUCUAAGGCAAAGGUGUGGCUGCAGUUUAACUCACUCAUUACAUAUAAAUGUGAAACAUUAUCAGUUUUGUCCUCACAGCAUGAAUACUAAUAAAGGUCUAACUACAAUAGAGCAUUAUGUUAACCAGAAUUUAAAAUGCAGACUAUCUAGCAAAAAAUUUUGUAAUGUAAAAUAUAAUCUUAAAAUAGAUUUUAACAAACAUGCAGUAAGUUAAGAGGUCAUAAGCAUUACAUGAAUAUGAACAACUUUUCUUAUGUUGGUAAUGUCAUAAUAAAAGCGCAUAGAGAAGUUUUUAGUUAAUAAUCACUUCAUGAGUGAACUGUUUCACUUAAAACCAAAGACUAUUGUGAUAUUUUGAACUGUUGUUUUUUCUUUUUUGAAAUACAUUUUUCAUUUUGCUAUUUGUGUUUUUUCUGUACACUGAAACAGUAUCGAGGUGACUUCAGCACAAUUAUUAUUUGUCAUAUUGGAUUUUUAUGUACAAGAAGUAAUAUAUUUUAGAUGUCUGAGGUGGUGAAAAGAAUGAUGUAUGUCAUAUCUGACAAGAACAUUAAAGCAAGUGUUCUGAAACCAA